AUGCCUGAAGCCUAUGCCUAUGAGAGGCCUCUGCUAUGCAUUGAUCAUAUCCAUACCAUUGAUGACGAUGACAAAGAAGUGCCUUAUAUAUCAUCACCAGAUGAUGCGAAUGCCAGUAAUGGUCUCAGUUGCGACCAAAACGACCGCCAAAUACAAGACAAUAAAACGGAUGAACCGAUUGAAUGCCAAACGAGUGCUUCCGAUGAUGCCAUCGACCACAAGACACAGACAACCGAUAAGACCAUCGAUGGAAAUGACGGACAAAUUGAUGACGAUAUGGAUGACAAGACAAAACCCGUUUCGACAAACCCUUCCAGACAUCAGUAUUCAAAGGAGGAAUUGAUUGCGAUCUCAAAGCUAUGUGCGGCUCGUAUUCGUCCGCAAUGUUUAGACAGUGCUUUCAAUAGUCCGGACGGAUUAUGGAAUCCGGAAAAGUGGAUGUCAUUCCGAUCUCCCGUUCCCCUCACUUCCACGACUAAACACAAUUACGGCAAACGCGAGGGAAACGAGGCGUUCCCUAAAAAGCCGAUUAAUAAUGAUCUGAAGGAUAAGAUGGAUGACGUGGAUAUAGUACUGAGCCCUCAAAGGAAUAGUUUCGGCACCGGGUAUCAUAUCCAUACCAUUGAUGACGAUGACAAAGAAGUGCCUUAUAUAUCAUCACCAGAUGAUGCGAAUGCCAGUAAUGGUCUCAGUUGCGACCAAAACGACCGCCAAAUACAAGACAAUAAAACGGAUGAACCGAUUGAAUGCCAAACGAGUGCUUCCGAUGAUGCCAUCGACCACAAGACACAGACAACCGAUAAGACCAUCGAUGGAAAUGACGGACAAAUUGAUGACGAUAUGGAUGACAAGACAAAACCCGUUUCGACAAACCCUUCCAGACAUCAGUAUUCAAAGGAGGAAUUGAUUGCGAUCUCAAAGCUAUGUGCGGCUCGUAUUCGUCCGCAAUGUUUAGACAGUGCUUUCAAUAGUCCGGACGGAUUAUGGAAUCCGGAAAAGUGGAUGUCGUUCCGAUCUCCCGUUCCCCUCACUUCCACUACUAAACACAAUUACGGCAAACGCGAGGGAAACGAGGCGUUCCCCAAAAAGCCGAUUAAUAAUGAUCUGAAGGAUAAGAUGGAUGACGUGGAUAUAGUACUGAGCCCUCAAAGGAAUAGUUUCGGCACCGGGUGUCAUGUCGUACCCAAACCUCCGGUCAUUGAACCAAAGAAUCGCGAAUAUAGUAACGACAGAAACAAAUCGGAUGAGCCGAGAGACGGCUAUCGUGAUCGUGAUCGUGAUGGCGGUCGGCGACAGGUGGGCACCGGACGGGUGAACCCCAAGAACGACAGACUUGGCGAUUGGUAUGGCAGUGGCGACAAAGGGUAUGACAGGGGAGACAAGGGGUUCGACAGGGGCGACAAGGGGUUCGACAGGGGCGACAAGGGGUACGACAGGGGCGACAAGGGGUACGACAGGGGCGACAAGGGGUACGACAGGGGCUUCGACAGAGACCGAGCGAACAGCACCAGAGACCGAGAGAACGGCUUUCGCUAUAAUAAAGACAACAACCGAAUGGAUGACUACCCGAACGACAAUCGAAACCGGAAUCGAUACCAAAAUAAUGGUCGAAAUGAUAUGCAGAACAGGGGUUACAACCGAAACCAAUACCGCAAUCAUUACGAGGAG